CGGGCAUCCCAACGUCACCGGGUCACUCCAAGAAACAAGCUUGGGAGAAGGACAGGCACAAUGCUAAUGUACUUGAAAUGCUAGUUAGUAUAAAAGCGCCUCUCGUUAACGUUGUAUUUUGGAGUAGUAGUACUACGGAUCAGCUCUGAACUGGACAAGGGUCAUUGCACACCUUGCAAGGUAUUAAGGAAAAUAAACUUAAAGUGGAGCUUUGAAAGAACCGAUUCCUUUCGGGAAGCCUGGCUUGACGGGCAGUGUCAGUUUGCGCUGUCACACUAGACUCCAGUUAAAUUAAUAACGUUACUAUUCAAAAGGACCGGCCUUCUUCGGGAUCAUUUUACUUUUUCUGGAAAGGACAUCAGUUGGUAGUAUUUCAUGUAGAUUGUUGCUGAUUGGAUUUUGAAAAAGGCUUUGCUGCGUCUGGAUUUCAAAGGAGAGGAGCGGAGGACAUGGGCACUCCGGGGUCCGGCAGGAAGCGCGCUCCUGUGAAGGACAGGUUUUCUGCUGAGGAUGAGGCCUUGAGCAGCAUUGCCCGGGAGGCGGAGGCGAGACUGGCGGCGAAGCGGGCGGCUCGGGCAGAAGCCAGGGAUAUCCGGAUGAGAGAACUGGAGCGACAGCAGAAAGAGCACUCCCACCACUCCUCCUCCUCCUCGGGGAGGAAAUGGGGGCAGAUCCACCAGUGGAUGGCCGACACGGAGAAGGCCCGACACACCCACAAGUCCAGCAACCACCAUCAUCGGGCACUGGACGAUGACCUGAAAUCAGUUCGUAGUGUCGGGAGUUAUAGGCCGUCCUCCUCUUCCUCACUGCGGGAUUCCAGCAGCUCUCACCGGAGUCGUGCCAGCACCUCCCGCAGAAGAGACCUGGUGUCUGACGGUCUCUCCAGCACAUCUUCUUCACUCAGACCCUCCCGUUCUUCUAGCUCUGUGUACAGCGACCUCUACGGCCUAAAGAAGACCCCCGUCACUAGCACCUCCAGGAAAGACCUGCUGACCGGACUGUACCAUGACCAAAGGAAAUACAGCAGCCUAAAGAACAGCACAGCUGUUCCUGCCUAUCAGCCUAGAGGCUGUCCUCCUCUCCCUCCUCUCCCUUCAUAUCAGCCUAGGUCUUCCUCCGUGUACAACGAGCCCCUGGCCACGUCCCGGAGCCCCAGGGCCGCACCCCCCUCCAGCACCGGGCUGAGCCGUAGCCAGAGUCUGGCUUCUUUGUAUGAUGAUGACCUCUACGGCUCGUAUAAUUCAAGAACUCCCUCUGAGUACAGCUGGGCCUCAGGAACCAGCUCCACACAGAGCAGCCCUGUGCACUCCGAUGAUGACAGCUCCAGCACCGUGUCCCAGGACCGAUACAGGCGCGGGAGGAGGGACAGCGUGUCCUCUGACUUCUCUGACAUCAGCGAAACGGCGGCUGACUAUUUCAGCCGCACCAGCCGUAGGGGCAGCAUUGUGUCUGACCUGGACGAGCUGAGCAUCCCUGACCUGGACAUCCUGGAUGAAAAAUGUGAUAAGCAGUACACGGAUACAUACAGUCGGCCGUCGUCUCGAUGCACCACCCCGGGCCUCUCGGCAGCAGCGCUGGCCACUCUGGGGGGAUCCUCGUCCCGGAGGGGGAGCGGAGACACAGGGAGCAUCGUGGAUCCGGAUGUGUCGCUCACUGAACUGAGGGAUAUCUAUGAUCUUAAGGACCAGAUACAGGAUGUAGAGGGGAGAUACAUGCAGGGACUUAAAGAGCUGAAGGAGUCGCUGUCUGAGGUGGAAGAGAAGUACAAAAAAGCCAUGGUGUCCAACGCACAACUGGACAAUGACAAGGCCAACCUCCUGUACCAGGUGGACACGCUGAAGGACGUGAUCGAGGAGAUGGAGGAGCAGAUGGCAGAGCUGCAUCGAGAAGUGGAGGAGAAGUCCAAGGAAUUGGAAAGACAGAAGCACACGUGUACAGUCUUGCAGCACAAGCAAGAGGAACUGAAAGAGGGAAUCCAGCAGAGAGAUGAGCUCAUUGAAGAGAACCAGGGAAUGCGGCAACAAUUAGAUUCCCUCACAAGACAGGUGUAUGACCUGCAGGAAACCGUUAACUGGAAGGAGAAAAAGAUCGGGGCGCUAGAGAGGCAGAAAGAGUACUUUGACUGCAUUAGGAGGGAGAGGGAUGAGCUCAGAGAUGAGCUGGCUGACCUCAAGGGGAAGUCCAAGACAGGAGAGAAACACGGCUUGGUGAUCAUCCCAGAGGGCACCCCCAAUGGAGACGUCAGCCAGGAGGCCAUCGGGGGGAGCAUCACUGUGGUCAGCCAAGAGGCAGCACAGGUGCUGGAGUCCGCAGGCGAAGGGCCCCUGGAUGUGAGGCUACGGAAGCUUGCUGAUGAAAAGGAUGAACUCUUAGCCCAGAUCAGGAAACUGAAAUCCCAGCUGGAGGAUGAGAGACAGAAGAACUCCAAGAUGGAGAGCGUGUUUACAGAUGGCGAGCGGAUGGAGAACGGCACAGACCUGCACCUCAUCGAGUUACAGAGAGAUGCUAACAGACAGAUAAGCGAAUACAAGUUCAAACUCUCUAAAGCGGAGCAGGAAAUGGGCACGAUGGAACAAAAUGUUACUAGACUUGAAGGACAGGUUUCUAGAUACAAAGCUUCUGCAGAUAACUCUGAGAAAAUCGAGGAUGAACUUAAAGUUGAAAAGCGGAAACUCCAAAGAGAGCUACGAACAGCCUUGGACAAGAUUGAGGAGAUGGAGAUGACCAACAGUCACCUAGUGAAGCGCCUGGAGAAAAUGAAGGCCAAUCGAAAUGCACUUCUGUCCCAACAGUGAGCAGAGAGGAGGGAGCCUUUGGAUCACAAAUUCUACCAACUCUGCCACAAGGGGGUUCUGUCAAUCACAUAGUUUUGUAUCAAAAAUUACCACUAGUACUACCCCCACCCCCAAUUUAUUUUAUUUUUUUCUCUCUCCCCUCUUUAAUAAUCACUGAGACACAUUGAUUCGGACUCACUUGUCAACCGUCUUGCAUCAUUGUAAGGGAGCUAUUUACUUUGUGCCGGAAAGGGUCAUAUUUUGGCUGAUUCUAAGGAAAUUUGUUAUUGUUUUUCAGACUGUUCUACAUCAUGUUAUUCACAAUGUUUUUAUUUCCUUCCUGGUGGUUGCUUAGCCUUUUUUUUUUUUUUUUUAUAUGUUGCAUGAUCUGAACUACGCUAUACUGCUUAUCUCCAUACAACCUGCACAUGACUGCUGCAGACACAGCAAAGUGCCUUUCUAAACAGAGCAAAAGAGAUUGAGGGGUUGCAUUAUUACACUAAGUAUGAAAGUUAUUACUGGUACAGUAUGCAUUUAAAAUAGGGUGCAGUUAGGAUUUAAAAAAAUAUAUAGAACAAUUAACAGUAUGCUGAAUUGUCAUUGAGAAAAUUUUCAAAAAUAUUUAAAAAUAUUUCUUGGAAUAAAUGUGUAAAUGAAUGAACUGUAUAUACUGGGUGGGUGUUUUUUGCAUGGGUUAUGGCACAUCAGAUUAGUGUAAAGGCAGGAUAUUUGUCCUGAGUUAUGUGAAGCACAUGGAAAACAAACUGUACUUUCUUAAACUGCAUCUUCAGUGCUUGGAAAUGGCAGUUUUCAGUCUCAGGACCACACCAUGAUUGUGACUGGGGCAGCUAAAACAUUAAACCUACAUAAAAGAAA